AAGAGGAGGGAGGGCUGGGGGGGGGGCACCUGGAGUAGGAUCAGUCUGUAAUGGUCUCUGGCUAUCAACUGCUGGCCGCCUUCCUUCUGCGCUUCCCUGAGCUGCAAUGGUCUCUUACAGCCAUGGCCCAUCCAGUUCCAGCAGAGAGGAUGCAGCAAUGGUAACACUGUGGCCAAGUUGCUAGCUGGGUGGCUCCAGCCUAUUUGGUAGCAAAGGACUGGGGCAGUCCUGCGGCUCCCUGUGCUGGGGGGUUUACAUGGAAAGAUUCGCUGCUCAGGGCAGAGGUGUAAACCUUAGCAGCUCUGCCUUCCAGAAGGAAAAAGCAUCUCUCCUGCUUUAGAAAAAAACAGAACGUUCAACAAAACAGGGGGGAGGGGAAGAAACCCCAACCCCACUGGAAGUAAUUUAUUCUUUCUUAUUGGCUGGGAUCAAGAAGGGGGGAGAGGAGAAUUGGACCUCCCCAAACAGCGUCACUGUCAUCAUCACACUGGUAUCUCUUGAGAGAUGAAGAAGUUCUUUGAUUCACGUCGGGAGCAGGGAGGCUCUGGCCCAGGUUCGGGAACCAGUGGAGGAAGUGGAAGCAGCACCGGCCCAGGGAGUGGGUACGUUGGCCGGGUGUUCAAUAUUGGGAGGCACCAGGUGACGGUGGACGAAGUGCUGGCGGAAGGUGGAUUUGCGAUCGUAUUUCUUGUGAGGACUAACAAUGGGAUGAAAUGUGCUUUGAAACGAAUGUACGUCAACAAUGAACACGAUCUGCAGGUCUGCAAAAGAGAGAUUCAGAUCAUGAGGGAUCUAUCUGGACACAAGAAUAUUGUUGGAUACAUCGAUUCUAGUAUAAAUUCAGUGAGCAGCGGUGAUGUGUGGGAAGUUCUGAUUCUCAUGGACUUUUGCCGAGGGGGCCAAGUGGUGAAUCUCAUGAACCAGCACUUGCAGACUGGCUUCACGGAGAGUGAGGUCCUGCAGAUCUUCUGCGAUACCUGUGAAGCCGUAGCCAGAUUGCACCAGUGUAAAACGCCAAUUAUUCACAGGGAUCUAAAGGUUGAAAAUAUCCUGCUACAUGAUCGCGGCCAUUAUGUCCUGUGUGACUUUGGAAGCGCCACCAACAAAUUCCAGAACCCUCAAACCGAAGGAGUGAAUGCGGUCGAAGAAGAGAUCAAAAAGUACACAACACUAUCGUAUAGAGCACCAGAAAUGGUCAACCUGUAUAGCGGCAAACUUAUUACUACAAAAGCAGACAUAUGGGCCCUUGGCUGCUUGCUGUACAAAUUGUGCUAUUUCACUUUACCGUUUGGUGAAAGUCAGGUGGCCAUCUGCGAUGGGAACUUCACCAUUCCAGACAACUCGCGCUACUCCCAGGACAUGCAUUGCCUCAUCCGGUAUAUGCUUGAGCCAGAUCCUGACAAGAGGCCCGAUAUUUACCAAAUCUCAUACUUCGCUUUCAAGUUAGUAAAGAGAGAGUGCCCAGUUCAGAAUGUACAGAACUCUCCACUUCCAGCUAAGCUCCCAGAACCAGUGAAAGCUAGCGAAGCUGCUGCAAAGAAGAGCCAGCCAAAGGCCAGGCUGACUGAUCCUGUUCCUACAACAGAAACGUCCAUUGCUCCACGCCAGAGACCCAAAGCUGGGCAGACGCAACCCAACCCUGGAAUCCUACCCAUCCAGCCUGCCUUGACCCCUAGAAAGAGGCCUACAGCCCAGGCAGCCAUUCAGCCACAAGUUGCAGGACCCGCUGCACUGAGCAGUGGCCAGCCCUCGCUUUCUGCAAGCAUUGCACAGCCGAAAGCACCACCUCAGCCAGCUGCACCUCAGCCAAAGCAGGCCCCAGUUCCCCAACAGGCACCACCAGCCCAGCCCCAAGUCCCUUCCACACCGCCACAGGCCACACCACAGCACCAGCAGCAGCUCUUCUUGAAACAGCAGCUCCUGCAGCAGCAGCAACAGCAGGCUGCAUAUUAUCAACAGCAGCAACAGCAGAUGAUGCAGGCACAACAGUUCCCAGUAAUACCGCAGGCAGUGCCGGCACAGCAGCAACUGAUGCAGAACUAUUAUCAGCAGCAGCAGCAGCUGAUAGCACAGCAAGCUUCCAUGCAGCAGAAGACGGUGGUGGCUGCAGUUCAACAAAAGCAACAGGCUCCGAUGCCCCCUCAGCCCCAAGUGCAGCAAACUGCCACCCAGCCAGCACCUGCCCAGGAACAAGUGAUGCAGGCACCGAUCAGACAACAGCAAAAGCCUCAAACCACCCUACCGUCAGCUGUCCAGGGGCAGAAGGUGGGCUCCCUCACCCCUCCGUCCUCCCCAAAGACACAGCGUGCUGGGCACAGGAGGAUCUUAAGCGACGUGACACACAGUGCCGUUUUUGGGGUGCCAGCCAGCAAAUCUACCCAGCUCCUGCAGGCAGCAGCCGCAGAGGCCAGUCUAAACAAGUCCAAGUCAGCCUCGACCACACCCUCUGGCUCCCCCAGGACCUCUCAGCAGAAUGUUUACAACCCACCAGAUGUCUCCACGUGGAACCCAUUUGAUGAUGACAAUUUCUCCAAGUUGACGGCCGAGGAGCUGCUGAACAAGGACUUUGCCAAACUGAGUGAUGGUAAAGCUCCAGAAAAGGUUGGCAAUUCUACAGAGAAUUUGAUUCCAGGCUUCCAGCCGGCUCCCUCAGCAACCCAGGCAGAUGCUUUUGGUUCCUCUUCCUUCGCAGCUGGAUCAGCUGAAAAAACGAAAGAUAUUCUGAGUUUGGACACUAGCCCUCCGCUUCUGACUGUGCCUGAUCCUUUCGUUUCUCUUCCAUUAUCCGACACACCAGAAAAACUGAUUGAAGGUCUCAAAUCUCCUGAGACUGCGCUUCUGCUCGCUGAUAUCCUGCCUCUUGCUGACCCCUUCGGUAGCACCUCAGAUGCUGUGAAUGGAAAAGCUGAAAUAGCUGUUGAGAGUCUCAUACCCGGCCUCGAGGCUCCAUUGCCCCAGCGCCUUGCUUCGCAGACCGACUCGGUCACUUCUAAUAGAACAGACUCUCUGACUGGGGAAGACUCUCUGCUUGACUGCUCUCUGCUUUCUAACCCGGCUGCUGACCUCCUGGAUGAGUUUGCUCCUAUCACUAUUUCAGCUCCAGCUCAUAAAGAAGAUACUAAUCUGAUAUCAGGCUUUGAUGCACCUGAGGGCUCUGAGAAAGUGACAGAAGAUGAGUUUGACCCCAUCCCAGUGUUGAUAUCCAAAAAUUCACAAGGUCUGCAGGGGGAACUGGUCGUAUACCCUGUUGUAACCAUUGAGCGCUGUAAAGGACCUGCUGCUAGUGAUGGUAACUCCUUAUACAAAGGUCAACCUGAGACACUGGAGGUGAGAACACAGCACAACUCAGAAUCUGACUACUUAGCAAGAGGUGACCCUUCAAGCAAUAGCUCCUUCCAUAGCAGCGAGGGAGAAGGGACAGACCACGAGGGAGACAUUUUGGAUUGUAGCGGGUCCAGGCCUUUACUUAUGGACUCGGAAGAGGAAGAGGAGUCCUGUAAGUUGCAACCGGUACCCAAAGAAAGAGCGAAGGCUUCCGAAGAUGAUGGCAAUCCCCAGCCUUCUCGAAGUGGGAUAGGGGAUGUAUUGUUCCCAGCCUUUCAGCCGCACACAGGAGAAUUUUUCAGUGAGCCUGAUGUCUUUGCCACAGCUCCUUUCCGAAGCUCAAGAAAAGUGCGCGAUGACCUGGAUGUCUUUUCCAAAGCGCCCUUCAUUUCCAAGAGUGCUGUGGCUGUGCGGCAACCAGAAGAAACGGAUGUAUUUCUGAGAGCUCCUUUCACUAAAAAGAAAAGCUUGGAAGAGCUGCUGUCACACAGCCCAUCUAAGGAGCCUCAUGUGCCUGCUGCUUUCCUCAGUCGGGGUGAUGACCAGCAUGUCGUUAACGCUGUGUUCCAAAAUUUGGAUACAGGAAUGCAUGGGUCGCCUGUCUCGGCUAGACCUCAGUAUCCUAUAGUCGGGUUCACUCAGCCAGCAAGCCUUCCACCUCACUCCAUAAGAGCAGUGGAGCCACAGGAAAGUGUUCCUCCCAAAGCAUCGCUGAAAGAGCAUAGCAGUGUUCCUAAUGACAGAAGCCAAGGACACGCGCUCCCACAGGAUGCCCUCUUGGGCUCCACGGUUAGCAAGCCUUUCCAUCCACAGUCGUUAUCCAAGUACUCCCGUCACUACAGUCCAGAAGAUGGCCAGGGUCUGGAUGUCCAACCCAUAGCAGCUUAUAAGGUGGUUUCUCAGACCAACAAACAGGCAAUAGCAGGAUCUGUCUCUAUUGCUUCUCUCUCUUCCAGGACUACAGAGCUGCCUAGUGCUGACCCGUUUGCUUCAGCACCUUUCCCUUCCAAAUCGGGAAAGCAAAAGCCUUAAGUAGUCUGCUGCGAGAUGGGAGACAGGCUUCUGAUUUAAACUCUCUCUCAAGGACCUUCAGGCUCUUAGUAGAAAUGAGCAAUGAGCAGUACUUCCCCCCCAACCUUUAUUCCAAACUCCAGUUGCAGUGAUAUUUAGUUGAACCAUUUUAAGUUAUAUUCCAUUGAAUGCCUAGCUCUCAAGGAUCUUCACAUCCUAUUUUAGUUGCUACCUUUCCUCCUCCCCCAUUCCUCUUUAGAUGCUUCUCUGUACCAGUAAUAUUUUGUACUUGCUGGCUUUGGCAGGGUGAAUACCUUGUUCAAUUUGUUACUAUUGAUACUGGUAUACAACUAGGAUUACAGAGCAAGUCAAGCAGGACUGGCUAAUGCUCUGGGGAGGAAAUCGGUUCACAGGCCAAAAAGGUUGUCAUUAUUGUUUUCCUACCAAGGGGAAUUCUGGAAGCGAUCAGAGUAGAAGUCUCCCAAAAGCUUAUAACAAAUGCCGCAACCAAACCAACAAUGGUAGAUUGAGAACAUAGCUCCUUGAUGAUGAACUGUAUGUGUAUUUACAGAAUAUAUGCAUGUUGAAUGAAAGUCGCACAGCUGCCAGAAGUCUAGCAUGAGGACUAUGCACUAUUGAAGUUCCACAUCAGUGAAAAUAUAGCCUUGUGUUGGCCUUAUGCAUACAGACAAUUGUUACUCAGUAAUGCCUCAAAGUACAUAUCUAUCUGUUGGCAAACCCUACUGGAGGCAGUGAAAAGGCUCCCAAGACUUUCAGUGGGUUUCAGUGGGGUUUUGGAUCCAGUUCCGAAUACAUCUGAUUAUAGAAGUGUUGGCAAAGCAAUCUUUUGGAUGUCAUCUUAUAUAAAAGUGUGUGUGUACACACGCACAUAUUUUUUUUUUCACUUGGAAAAUUGAAAGAUGUUUUAAGUAUGAGAAGUUCUGACUUAUUUUCCAUCUGGUUUAUGCCAAAGUAUUGAACCAUGCAUUUCACGUAUUAUAAUUUGGAGAGUAAACUUUUAAAUCUUAAUACUGUUAAAACAGGAAUACUUUGGAAGUAGCUUGACAGAAGUUCUGAUCUAGGCAACCCCCUCCUCCCCUCCUUAAUGUAAUACAUUGUUGCUCUGCCGACUUCUGUCAAGUUACAGUGAUUUACACUAGCAAAGGAUCUGGCCUUAAAUUCAUCUUUAUUUUUCCUUUCUGUUCAUUAAGAUAAGUCUAAAGACAAGCUACAUUCCUCCUGCACUUUUCUGUUGUGUUCUAGAAAUCCCAUGUUUUGUACUGUAUGAUUUAAGAGGAAGACAGCUUAGUUUUUAUAAAAGCAAAAAAAAAAAGUUGAAGUGAAUUACAGUAUUGAACUUGGAGGAAAAUGUAAUUGCUGUUGAGUGGGGAAGCCACUUGACUUUAUUUGUCAUGUUACCUUUGGCAGCAGAGUAGGAAUCCAUGAGUUGUUUUCUUUAGGGAUUGUUGGCUUUAUUUUUUUUGUGCCUUUUUGCUAAAGAAAGAAAGGCAAGUCUCAGUAAUGUUCUUGUGUGUCCACCCAGAAUGGGAAUGGUAGCAAGCCCCAUCAGAACCAAACAAGCUGUCUUCAAACUGCUGUUUCUCUCCAGGAAACACUUGAUGUUGCUGUGAAGUUGUCUCCAAAAUGUCUAAUUAUAAGGAUUUUUUUUCUUUUGCUGCUGAUGGUUAAUGGCGCUGUUCCUUUUCAAGAUGUCUCUCAUAUCCUGAGCAAUUCUCUUAGCAGCCAUACACAGAAAAGAGGAGAGCCCAGGAAGAUCUUCAUGAUGGUUUUCUCUUUCAAGGCCUGAUUUCAAAGCUUGCUUUUGAGUCUCUCUCAAUUGGGCUCUUAGAAAGAGAGCUAGGACUGUUCCCUUAAUUCAUCUGGUCAUUAGUAGCAAAUAACCUAGAGCUUUGCACUGAAACCCAAGGGGAAUUUUUUGUCCUGGAUGUCACCCACGAUUCAACCCAUGGCUAUGUGUUUGCUUCCGUGGCCUGAGAAGCUUGAGGACGGCUCUCUGUGGGGUGGUUUUAAGUUCUGUCCUCAUUCAGGAUGGACAAGUACUCCUUGCAAGUAUAAACACAUUGUGUGUGUGUGUAUGGCUGACAGGAGGGCAGGAAGAGGAGAGGGAGGGUCCUCCCUUGAUUUAACACUGGAUGAGAGUCAGGGACAGAUCAUCGUAAGCCAGUGGCAACAUGCUGGAAGAAGCUGGUGUAAUAAAAACUGAUUUAUGCAAGUCCAGCUCUGUUGGCCAAAUGCUCAAAAGCCUAUGGGUUACAGGAGUACCAUAGGAAUGCUGAAACUGUGAGAGGAGUACCUGAAGGAGGCAGCAUGUCCCCGUAUGCAAGAUGAACCAUGGAGCAUUAGGACGGAUCACUGCUGACAGCCCUGCAGUGCAGGGGAAGGCAUUAGGGAAUGAGCCUGCCCGUCCCCAAGCGGGAGAUAGCCAAUGAUACUUGUGUGUAGCAGGAUUUGCGCUCUUCCUCCACCGUGCUCGCACCCAGUCCCAAAUCGCUGGAGCUUAUUCUGACCAGCAGAAUAAGAGAGACAUUUUGUUGGUGUAUUUGGCCAGCUCUGACUUGACUGGGGUUCUACAGAACGUACUAGUGAAGAACCUGGGCUGGUGUAUUUAACUUUCUGAGGGCAAGGGAGGAAACCUGAAACCAAGAAACACAGGAGCAAAGGAACUUGGGCAGCUCAGUUGUUAGUAGUAAAUGGUGAAGUGUCCAGCUCAGCUCAGGCUAAUCGGAGCUUCCUUUAUAAAGCAAUCUAGUUUCCUGAUGCUGGCCUGUGACAUGUCAAGGUAGGUGUCAUCACUGCUGGCCAGCAGCUUCAGUUUUUCCUCAGCUCUGUUUGAGCAACAAGAGAAAAUGUGAAUACUGUAGGUGUAUUUCUGGGCUUCUCUCAAUAUACCUUUUCCAACUAAACUGAGCAAUUAGCUUGUGUGUGGUUUUUCAUCUCAAGUAACUUGCCAGUUGGUUGAUGCUAGCUUGAGGAAUGCUUGUGAUACUAUACUGUGAAAUACAAAGGAGGCUUUUAGCAUCAAAGCCCCAAUACAUGCUGUGUUUAUUGGUACCACUGUUAGUGGCAUACAGUCUGGAGAUGGGGUGUGGUCCUGAAUUAGGGAUUUUGGGAAGGAAGGAGAAAGCAGGAUAAUGUGGAUGAAUCUCAUGUGAAUCCAAGUCACUUCACUGAAGUAAGCAGUUGCACUGGCAUAAAUGGGGAAAAGCAAAUCCCUCUGGUAACUGGAUUCACAAUAUGAUGUUCUUUGUGGGUGUACUUUUUAUUUUUACUUGAAAAGCUGAUGUCAGACAAUGACAUGAAGCUUAUUACCAAGCUCUGUUGCGCUAAAUCAUGUCCCUUACCUGGAAUGUUCAACCGCCGUUUCUUUGUGAAAAGUAUUUUGCACGUCUCUUUGCUGCUAGGAAGGAGCCCGUGCCUCUUUCCCACCAGCUGAUCAGUGAUAAAGGUGGAGGAAGGAGCUAAGGGUAAUUCAGAUCCAGCUUAUCAAAUUUGCUAGACGGGGAAGAAAGGAAGAGUGGAGAAAGGCCUGGUUAUGCUGUUGAAAGAGCGUUUACAGCAAUUAAUGUCUUCUUUUUAGUUUUAUUAGGGAUUAGAUUUUCAGCCAGGGUUUUAGCAGGUUACAGGUCCUUCUUCAAGCACACAGCUUUGCCUGAAGGCUUUGUUUAGCUUUGCAAAAAUGAGCUAAUAGUAUUCAGUAAACUAACAGUCCUGAUCCAAGACAUCCAGCAAGCACACGGUUUAAAUAGAACCAGGAGCACUUUGCUUAGAUGAGCUUCUUGCACUCAAUCUGGUAAGCAGUGGAGCUUGGCUACAAUCAGAAAACUGCAUCCCAGUGCCCAGUCUGAUUUCCCCCCCCCCCGCCCCAUCAGCUCCAUCCACACACAUACACUACUUCUAAAUUCUUGGCAUGAUGAUCUACUCAUUGAACAAUGGAGCUGUGAUCCCUUACAGAAUCUAGACUUCACUUUUUUUAAUGCAUGUAAAAUAUAUUGUGCCGCUUGUCUUUGCAAUAAUAUGGUAGAAGCUUGGUAUGACUUUUUUUUUUUUUUACAACUAACUAGACAAAGCCUUCAUCAUCCAGAUGCAACAAUUUAAGUCAUUUUUUCUUAAUGUCAGCUUGAAAAAUACCAAACUAAAUUUCUGUUGGCAGGCUCCAAGCCCAUUUGCAAAAACAACUGAAGUCCACUUUCAUUGGGCCUAAGUGUUGCUCCCCCUCCUUACUGGUGAUCUGAUCCAUGGCACUAGACUGUUGUUACCUGUAUUGAGUACUGUUCAAGUCAGUGGCCCUUCUACACCAUCAUAGGUGACCAGCUGAACAAAAUACAGGUGUGGUGAACUCCCCAGGCUGGCUGUAAGCAAUAAGCAACGCAUGGAGCCAUUGGAGUCCAAGCAGGCUCUGCAACUCAAGGGCUCCCUGAACCUCCCUGCAGCAGCAGCAAGACUACAAGGAAAAGGGUCUGUGGCAUGACUACCUUCUCUCUGCUUGCUGAGGGCCUGCUUGUAUGUGUUUGGAGCCACAAAUCAUUAAGGUUUUUCCUGAUUCAAUCCCUCCUGAAGGUAUUCACAGCCAGAAAGAUCUCUGGUAAGGGUUUCCUGCUGUUCAGUAGACAGUUGCCAAUCAAUCCUCUGACAAUCUUAAGCUUGUGUCUUUUGUGAACUGGAAGCGGUGGCUGUGCUUGCCAGCUCACCGCUGACUUGAAUUGGAGUUGCGUUAAAGCCCGUGCCUCAGAAAUGCUUACAAUCACAGUAUCUUUACUCAAGAAUUGAAGCAAGGCAAUCUGCUGGCCUCUGUGGGCCUCGUGGCCAUUGCAUCUUCGCAGUGAACAUCAUCAGUACCAGAAGGCAUGAGCGGCUGCAGUAUUAACCCGCACCUUCUGCAGUUCAGCGGAGUAUUCCCAAGAUUUGUAACUUUGUCUGAUCUCCCCUUCUGCCAGCUCAGUACUAUUGCAUAUGUGAUAAUAGUGUUAAGUUUACAGUCUUAUUCUCUUGAAGCCAGUGCACACUCAAUCUGCAACCUACAGUAUGCAUGGAGCCACAUGGAAGACACUAAGCUUGUGAAAAAGCCCAUGUAAUCAAGCCUGAAAAACACUGCCUGAGGCAUGGCCUCAGUUACAUUAAUCAAGCAGGUAACACAGAGCUCUAUGUAACUGUGAAACUCUAGACUCAGUCACUCCAAAGUGGUAAUCAGUAACAUGAACUAAGCUUCCACCAAAGACUGUCAUUUUGAAGAGGUGGGUUUUUUCUUUGUUUGUUUCUCAUCACAUUAAAUCAAAGCCUCAUUAAGAUACCUGAAGACUCCAAAGCAUUUUUACCAUCAGCGUUUUGACAGUGUGACCUUGUUUCACUGCUGAAAUACAUUCCUGAAUUAGGAUCAGCUGUGUUGGUGAUUCUAAUAAAUGAUGGCCUUUAAUAUUUGUUAUGUGUGUGCAGAAAGUACUUUACCUUGAUGCUAAAUCUAGAUUUGUUGACCAUGAAGUUGGGUAAAUUGCUGAUCACCCCCCGCUCCCCCCCCCCCCCCAAAAGUGAGGAUUAAUAAUUUUUUUUCUGCAGAUUUAGGGGGGGUAAACAUUUUUCAUGAGUCCAGCUUGUUCUGGGUGAGGAAUUUUGAUCAGAAAAAACCCACUAGAUGCAGCUGAUGCUGAAUCGUCUACACAUGAAUUGAGAGAGUGAAAGAAUCAUAGCAUAGCGUCUCAUUCUCCAAGAUAGCUGAGAUUCUUUUAUUCUGCAGGAAGCCUGAGUUGGACUUAACUAUGCAUGGUAAGACCAGUGCUUCACUCAAACCCCUUUCACUAGGGUUCAUUCUUCACGGUGUUGAAAAUACCUCUGACUCAUAGGUGAAUGGGGUAAUUUUGUUGCACUCCAGAUGUGCUCCAUCUAUGUUUCUGACUAGUCUCUAUGAAGAAAUGUUUAAGUUGUAAACUUAUGUACAUUUAUUAAAACCAUAUCUGAUUAAAGUACAA